GCUACCAGCUGGUAGCAAAAGCCAAGAUAUAAAACUCCCAAAAUUCUGCGGCUAAGGAUAUCCCAUAGAUCACAAUGUUCUGAACUCACAACUAUCCCCUUUUCCCAUUUCCCUCUGCAAAACUUGCUUCCACCGUUCUGUUCAUCGUUAUUAACAAUGUCCAUCGCCUUAUUCUCAUCUCCGCCCGCAACCCACCUUCCAUCUCCCUCCUCACCACAUUCUACUGCCAAAACCCAAUUGGCCCUGAGGCAUUUUAUCUCUUGGAGACCCAAAAAGCAGCCCCCUUUUUGGGUAUUUGCUGAAAAUGGAGCUGGUUCAACUUCUACUGCUGCAAUUGUAGAGGAGGAUAAGGCUGCUGCUGCUGAAGAGAAGGUUUCUGAGGAUAAAAAGGAGGAGUCUUUGGGGUCCAAUGGGUCGGUGGCAGUGGAUGCAGCCGCUGCUCCGGCGCCGGUGACUGCUUUUCAAGACCCCAGAUGGAUUGGUGGGACUUGGGACUUAACCCAAUUUCAGAAAGAUGGGAAAACUGAUUGGGAUGCUGUAAUUGAUGCUGAGGCUAGGAGAAGAAAAUGGCUACAAGAUAACCCAGAAUCAUCAAACAAUGAUAACCCUAUAGUUUUUGAUACUUCCAUUAUUCCGUGGUGGGCAUGGAUUAAGCGGUACCAUCUUCCUGAAGCUGAACUGCUUAAUGGUCGUGCGGCAAUGAUUGGUUUCUUUAUGGCUUACCUGGUGGAUAGUUUAACAGGGGUAGGACUUGUCGACCAAAUGGGCAAUUUCUUCUGCAAAACAUUGUUAUUUGUAGCUGUAGUUGGUGUUCUUGUGAUCCGAAAGAAUGAGGACAUAGAAACAGUUAAAAGGCUACUGGAAGAAUCAACAUUCUAUGACAAGCAAUGGCAAGCAACUUGGCAAGAUGAGACCUCAAGCAGUUCUAUGAAAGACUAGUUGAUGUGUCUGAUAGCUUUCUCCUUUUGGCAUCGCUUUUGUCCGGCAUUUUGCGUCUUUAUGUGCUGAUGGAGAACCGAAGUUCUGUUCUCCCCAUUUUGUUGUAGGUAAUCUGUAAUGUCUAAAAAUUGCUGCACUUUCCCAAUAUAAGAACCUUGAUAUUCUCAUUGUGUAACAUUUUUAUUUUUAGCGAGU